AUGGCGACUUCCAGUACCUCCAUAUCUGGCCCCGGCUCUCUCCCCGCGUCCGCGAAGAAAUCUAUCUUGGAUCUGCCGUCAGAGACUCAAAAGGAUAUCUUCAAGCAUGCUUCCACUACAGACCUCCUCGCGCUCUCUCUUGUCUCGAAACACUUUAGGGACAUUGCUGCGGGGCAAUUAUACCGAAGCUUCCACAUUGUCUUCCCAGACCAGGAUGACCCUUUGAGUAACUCACCCAUCGACAGCUUGGCCGGUGGUCUUGAUACCUUCGUAACCAGCGAUUAUAACUAUGCCAAAUACCUGAAGGAGAUCAUACUAGAACCGUUGAGUGGGGGAGAGAAAGGGGAGCGUGCCUACGCAAACUUUCUGUAUGAUACGAGCUGCGGCAAGUUCAUGAACACGAUGCUCCUCAUGGCUUUGCGGAAGGCUACAGCUCUGGAGACAUUCAAGUGGGAUAUUCGUGUCGAGCUCAGUCGCGAGGUCUUCAAAACACUACAUGGGAUCAAAGCAUUACAACAUGUCCAUCUUCGAAUGCAGGCUGGCCGUUCGAUCCACCAUGCCUCCUCCCCAGCAGCUUCGCAUUCGAACACCCCUCCCCUAGUCGCUACAUCUAACCCCACUCCCGCCCCGCCCCCGCAUUCCGUCGCUGUCGGCCUGCCGUUAUUUGCGCAGCUCCACGCCGGAAGCUUCAGCAACCAACUCGGGGCUGGAAGCAUACUCGCGUCAAAAAGUCCCAAGACAGAUAUCAAUGUAUCCCUUUCCAGAACUCGCAAGGUGCAGCCUACAUUUUCGGGCUUCAAAAACUUGAAGACGUUGGAGAUACUAGACAUGGAUACACUUGAAUACAUCUCGGAGAUCAGAGAAUGCGUCAAUAACUCUUCUGCAACCAUGAACACCCUUAAGCUCUCCUUUUCUGAGGCUCUGGCAUGCAAGUCACGAAAGCCAAUACCCGAAACUCCCUCGGACAGCGACUCUGAUCAGGAUGAUGGGUUUCCAUCGAUGCCACCACCGCCUAUAUUUCCAUCGAUGAUGCCACCACCUGGCCCACCUCCCCCUUCUGGCUUGGCGCCAUUAGGCACAACUGACAUCAAUACGCCUUCAAAACCUCUCAAGGCACAGGAAGAAAAGAAGAGACAGGAAGCUGUGCUUGGAAGAAUUUUUGGUCUAGAGUCAGUUAAAGCGAAGCACAUGCCCUCCCAGCAUGUAGAACCGGAGAAGAAACCCACAGAAGAUUUCAAAAAUCUCAUCGAGAGUCUUGCUCCGCUAGCUUCGCUAAUGAACUUAUUGAUGGCAGCCGUCAAUGAUGGCUGUAGGAGUGAGAUUGCAGGACCUGGGAAGGAAAUUAUUGACAAAAUUACAAAAGCCGCAAAGUCGUAUCUGGAUGCUUCUAAAGAGUCGAAGGUUCCUGGUGCAAAGUCUUCUCUGGUCGAGAUUCCCAAAACUAAUACUACCAAGGCAACCUCUUCUUCUUCAACCACAGACGCGAAUGAUGGGUCUCAGUUGAGUGUGCCAAUGUCCGAUGCUGUUAAGCCUGGUCUUUUUGACGAACCUGAGACAAAGACAAAGAAAGCCAAUCCUGAUAUUGCCAAUCCGGAUGAUAUCGAUGUCGAGGCGCCCGAAGAACAGGAGCUUGUAGACGAGUCUGGACCUCAACAAGACACAGCUGAAAUAUUAGGUCAGGAUGCUGAUGCUAGCAUCGUCGAUGAAUCCACAAACCAGACACUUGACACUAUCAACUCGAGUACCAACGUGCGAGAUCAGGAGCAUAAAGUCACCGCUGGCACUUCCUACAUGUACGAUGCUCUCUUGAAAGAGAAAGUAGAUAUGAUAAAGCAGAUAGAGGAAUUGAACGCACAAAGCGCGUCAGGGGAAAUUCACGAGAGCAAUUAUCAAAAGCUGGGCUCCAGGCUUAAUGCCAGGGUGGAGUGGAUUACUAGCCACCUUGAAGAGCUUGGACGCCUCAAAAAAGUCAAAGCUGGGACCGAUGAGCUGGCAAACGAAGAGGCACAGAUGAGCGAGUAUAUUCGCAACACCCGCGGACUAACCCUCCAGAGGCUCGCCAUAUAUCUGAUCCCCGUCAAAGCUUCCGUGCUCUACCGAGCUAUUGACCUAACUGUCCUGCAGGAAAUCACACUCCUCAACGUCGGCCCCCAAACACCUUUCUGGAACGUCUUGGAGAAGGAAAACAGGGUUUCUCCCCUUCCGCUAAGGAAGAUCCACACAGACAAUGUGACCUUACCCUUCUUGACUCUAGUCAACCACCUAGAGUGUGUAGAAGAGUUGCUGUUGCUGGAGAGAAAGUCGAACCCCCGGGUUGAAAGUACCACCGCCAAGACGACGGUGACGAUGGAUCAAAUCCGACAUCAAGCACUAAAGAAGCAUGCGAGUACAUUGAAGGUGUUGAUGAUCCGAAACGAUGCAAGUUUGGCAUGGGAUUUGAACAUCAAGUCUGCAAUGUUGUUGUGCCGGCACGCCAAGCAGUUAGAAGAGCUGGCGGUUAGCUUUGGCACUCGGACAAUGCAUACGCUCCUUCAAUUUAUCACUGGGCUGACCAACCUGCGUGCCCUGCAUACGAUCCAAUUCCGUCAUGAGGACCCUUGCAUGUGGGUUAUGCGAGAAUUUCGCAAGUUUGCCGUUGACAGCAUCUCGCACAGUCCUGAGAUGAAACUCGAAUAUCUCGCCCUAGACUUGACUGUUGAACGUCUUGUUCGCCGUCCGCCCACUAAGGAGGCUGGUAAGAAAGCUAAGGGAAAAGAAAAAGAUGGCGGACUCUCGACUAGUGUUGGAACGGCCAACGGCGAGGCUACAGAGGGGAGUGAUAGCGAUGAGGAUGAAGAGGUCGGUGGGAAGACGGGUCUUAAAGUGGAGACGAUAGACGGAAUCCGUUUUUCUGACAUUGAUGGAGUGCGAAUCUUCGAGAAAGAUGUCCUGGGCGGUCGUUUGUAA